UAUUCCUACAUUUACUACGACACAUUUAUUAAAAGUUGUUUUCUUUUCUUUGAUUUUCUUGUCUUACUUUGUCAUCAAUUUGUUUUGUAAAUUGAGAAAUUCCAUUAUAAAAUUAUGAACAAGGAGAACGAUGCUGUGAACUCUUCAGCCCAGCGACCGUGUUCAUCUAAAGAGGCAACUGCUAAACACACUUAUCGCCAAUAUCCCUAUGGACGAUAUGCCAUUCCGAUCAGUCCUUACGGUUGGUAUCGCAUCCUCAUCUACAGCCACAAAAGUGGCUACAGUAAUGCUGAAGUGUUGAAUAAGCUGCGUCGAGUGGUGGCGCCUCGAAGGCUAAGGAUUUACUAUCUGCAGGAGAGUGGGCAGCUGGAAGAAGAGCAGGAGCAAGACAGAUUUGCUACCUUCACAUUCUAUGUGGAUAGCUUCAAGUUAGCAGCAGAGCUACAGUUGCGUGGACAUUGUCCGCCUGUGAUUGGAGUGAGAGUCGAUGAUGAGCCGCCAAGGAUUGAAGUGAAUGACAUCUAUCGGGAGAAGUUGCGUCAGGUGAUCUUAUCACGCUAUAAUGCUGCGAAACGUAGGUUGAAUCUCUCUCGAUUCUAUGCCGAUGAUCAGUUAAGGGGCGAGUUCUGUGCUCUGCAGCAAUUCGAGUGUCUUGAGGCCAUCAUCGAGAUCAUGGCGCAGGAGAUGCCGAGAUUGCGUCACCUACUGCUGGACAAUAAUCAUCUUUGUAUUCUGGAUGGUUUUCGUAAUAUUGAGAAGCUAUUUCCUAGACUGAAAAGCAUUUCCCUGCAGCGCAAUGAGCUGAAGCGACUGCGCGAGUUGCGCGUCUUCGAGAAGCUUAGGAAACUGGAAAAACUAAACGUGAGGCGGAAUCCGUUGCCGCUUAACUAUGAGCAGCAUCUGGUCAUAAUGAUGCCGCAACUACGCAAGCUGAAUCGCAGAAGAGCCACCAGAUGGAGGAGAGUAAUCACCGUCAGAGACACUGACUCAGAUAGCGAUGUAGAGAGCGUCGUAAUGCCAAAGCCCAGCAACUUGCAUCGCGACCAGCAGCCUGGAAUUCGGAAAUUUGUGCGUCGCUAUCUCAAGGCAUUUGAUGGCGAUCAGCGAAGUAGCGAUAUGGAACGCUUUUAUCACGACAACGCUUUGCUCUCGCUGACCCUGGCCAAGGAUCAAGGAUCAGCAGCAUGGACCGCUCCCUAUGCUACCUUUGAUCGCCAGCUUUUGGCAACCCGCCAAGCGAUUCACGAGUUGUUCACAGCAUGGCCAAAAACACUGCAUCGGGCAGCUACAAUGACCUUGGACCUGAUGCUGGUGCAGCCGAAAAUGUUGUCUGUAUCGAUUACCGGUACAUUCAUGGAGAAACAGCAGCAGCAACAGCAACAACGACAUUAUAUGCGAACCUUUGUGCUGUCGCGGAGCCAUGAGACUGACGAUUUUCGCAUUGCCAAUGAGCUCAUCCAUCUGGAUCGUGGCACGCGGUUCAUUCCCAAUCCCAGCCAGCGCCAUCUAAUGACCAGGCUAUCGUCGGCGACGCGAUUGAAAUCUCGCUGGUGCUGCCAGUUUCUCAAGGAUACCAAUUGGGACUACCAGCAGGCUUUGUUGGCAUUCCAAGCACUCCUUCGUCGUCACCAGCUGCCCAAGAAGGCGUUCACUGGCAAAUGCGCUGUUGCCCAACCCAAGUGGAGGCUGUGACGUCAAACUUGAAUUUCUGUAUUUCUGUAUUCCCAAUGUGCCCGCAGGGAAAUUGAAAAUUCCACUGAUUAUGCUGAUUACAUUUUAUUUGAAUUUGUCGUGAGUGUAUGAAGAGUCUCAUGGCUGGGACAUUCCAUCAUUGCAUAAAUUCAUAUUAUUUAUCCCCAUUUAUUUCAUUAUUUAUUUUACAAACUAAUGAGAUUAUUAAAAAUACCAA